UGUCGUCAGCCUGGCAGAACAAACCCAGGGCGAAAUUAUCCAUCGCUUUCUCUCUAUUUGCCAUGCUAACUAUCUGGCGGGCCGGUCUGUCCUCCAUAGCAACCACCAAGAAGACUCAGCAACAAGGAAGGGACCGGGAAGGAGUUGUUGAAUGGGAAUCCUGCAAUCACACAACACCUGCGACAUUUUUAAGUUCGGCUCCUUUCUGAGCAAAUCAGCCUGAGAAAUAUGGAUGGUGGUAACAGCUCUAGUGGUACAGAUGUGCAAGAAGAGCUGGACUCAGUGGAGGCAGAGCUGGAGCUGGUGGAGCUGCAGGUCACAGAGCUGCUGCAAAAGCAGGCUGAGCUGACUUCUCGAAAGAAUUCUCUGCUGCAGCAGCUGGAGGAGGCCUGUGAUGCUGCACAGCCAUCAUCCUCUUCAUCCUCAUCUUCCUCAAAGUCAUCUGGAGCUGAUCCAGUAAUGAGCAAGCAGGAGAUGCAGCGCUUUAAUGGCACAGAUUUUCCAUGGUCCAGAGAAGUGGCGAAGCACCUGAAGGACUCAUUCCGUCUCUCCGAGUUCAGACCACUGCAGCUGAGGGCCGUUAACUUGACCCUGUCAGGCAGAGAUCUCUUCCUUGUGAUGCCAACAGGAAGAGGAAAAAGCCUCUGUUACCAGCUACCUGCAGUCUGCUCCAACGGUUUUACAUUGGUAGUCACUCCCCUGGUGUCCCUGAUGGAGGAUCAGAUAAUGUACCUGAAGUCCAUCAAUGUGUCAGCAGUCAUGCUGAAUGCAUCCAGCAGCAAGGAGCACGCCAAGACAGUCAUGGCUGGAAUGAUGGAUCCCAAAGCCACUUUCAAGCUGGUGUACGUGACUCCAGAGAAGAUUGCCAAGAGCAAGCUGCUUAUGUCUCGUCUGGAGAAAGCCUACAACACAAACCUGCUGAGUCGUAUCGCUGUGGAUGAGGUGCACUGCUGCAGCCAGUGGGGACAUGACUUCAGACCAGAUUAUAAACUGUUGGGCAUCCUGAAAAGGCAGUUCCCCAAAGUCCCCCUGCUUGGGCUCACAGCUACAGCAACUAGCAGUGUCCUCAAGGACUGUGAGAAGAUCCUGUGUGUCAAACAGCCAGUCACACUCACCGCAUCCUUCAACCGAACCAAUCUCUACUAUGAGGUUCGGAUCAAAGAUUCUGACAAAGAUGAAUCAACAAAUGACAUUGCCUCUCUGAUCAAGAACAGAUACAAAGACCAGUCGGGGAUCGUGUAUGUGUUCUCUCAGAAGGAUGCAGAGUUGUUGUCAUCUGAACUCCAAAAGAGGAACAUCCUGGCCUAUCCCUACCAUGCUAACAUGGACCCAGAUGACAAGUCCCGCAUUCACCGCAAGUGGACCACCAACAAAAUCCAGGUGGUGGUAGCCACAGUAGCGUUUGGAAUGGGUAUCGACAAGCCCGAUGUCAGGUUUGUCAUCCAUCACACCAUCAGCAAGUCCAUUGAAAACUACUACCAAGAGAGUGGACGUGCAGGUCGAGAUGACAAUCCAGCAGACUGCAUUGUCUACUUUGGCUUCUCUGACAUCUUCAGGAUUAGCACCAUGGUGGUGAUGGAGAACGUUGGUCAGCAGAAGCUGAAGCAGAUGGUUGACUACUGCCAGAAUAUUGACAGGUGCCGGCGCUCUCUUAUGGCGGUUCAUUUUGAUGAAGUGUGGGACGAUGAGGGAUGCAACCAGAUGUGUGAUACUUGCCGCCAUGCAAAAGACUUCACCACAUUGGACAUUACCCAGCAUGCCCGGCAGGUGGUGCAGAUCGUGGAGUUAGCAGCUUCCAUGGAUGAGAAGCUGACUCCUUUGAAGCUGGUGGAGGCGUGGAUGGGGAAAGGCCCUGCCAAGCGUAGGAAGAUGAUCCAGACCACCACGCUGUCCCGGCAGCAGGCUGAAGCUGUGAUUGUGCGGCUGUGGCUGCAGGAAUAUCUCAGAGAGGAUUUCAGCUUCACUCCGUACACCACCUACUUCUACAUGAAACUGGGCCGCAAAGCUCCUCUGCUGAAGAGCCAGACACACUCACUCCCCAGCAUGAAGAUGAGGACUACAGGGGCUGGAUCUGCUGUGGAGGAAUCAUCUGCUGUUAAAGCCAAGGAGGAGGAGGAGAUUAAUGUGACCAUUGACCCUGUAACCACGGACAACAACGGUCCCCCACAACCCAAACAGAAACUAUUUAAAGAGCAGAGGAACCUAUCCAGAAAACAAGACCUGAAAGCAGCCAGCCAGACAGACAAACGGACAGAGAGAGCAAAAAAACAGCUGGCAGACAGACAUGGGGAGGAAGAGGUGGAUGAGAGGAGAUCCGUCAUGCCUCAACAUGCAAUUGAGGUUGAUGUUGAAAUUAACAUUAUAGAUGACAGUGAUGAUCAGAAAACACCAUCUCAUCCAGUUAAAACUUGUUCCAAACGCAAAUCCACCACCCCUCAGAGAGUGAGGAGGAAACCCUGUACUACUGCAGCAGCAGGGAUUUCCUCUCCCUCCCCAGGUGGUGAGACCACCACGAACACUGUGCCCAGCUCUCCAUCCCAGGCCUCCAUCAUAUCUGAGACUGCAGUCGAGGAGCUCUGUAACCUGAGAAACUACUACAGCAAACAGCUGAGAAGAAUAAACUACAUUUCCCAUGAGUACCUGGGGCAGCCAGCAGAGGCAGGGGUGUUGGCGUGUAUCAGGGAGCCACUGCGGAGCCUCCGUCUGCCCCGCAGAGCCACCAUCGCCCAGACUGCUCGCAGCCUGUGGACACGAGUAAGCGGCCGGAGGAAGCUGGUUCACCGGUGACAUCUCAGAAGCUCAGUUAGAUAUGAAGUUUAUUCUGUAGGUGUAUUAUCACAAAAUAUGUAUGAGAAAUGUUUCAUCUGCUGUCACAGUUAAAGGAGCCACUAGGUGUUUGAAGAUAGAUGUAGGCCCCCCCCUUGACAAAUCUGACCCUGGAACAGGUCAGAUGAACGGACUGAACGCAACACAUGAUGUGAUUUCUUAACAAAAACAAAUGCUGUGAGAAUAAUCUGAAGGAUUUUGUCACAGUAAAUCAAAAAAAAAUCACAAAUUGACUCAAAGUGCCCUUCAUAGGCUGAUAGACAUCUUCCAUGUUUCACACCUCAGCUGCAGCGUUAUCAGUUGAUGAAUGUCUUCAUGACAACUGCAUGAUGUUCUGGACCUUGAUUUAAAGCUAUACUUCUCUGUUCUGUUGUCUUUGUUACAGGAAUAUACUAACAUAUUCACUGAAAGCCAAAAAAGGUGACAGCCACUUUCAAAAAGUAGUUGGCAGGUGAUUGGAUGAGCCAUCUGUCUAUCAUGGGCUACCUGCAACCAAUCAGAUCAACAGUAGGAGAGCAAUUCCACCAGUGGAGAUAGUUGGUAAAUCUAAUUCUUACUGAAGUUAGUAGAGAGAAGAAAACAUGUCCUCCAUUGAGAAAAACCUUGAGUGAAGUUCUUUGCUCUUCUUUCAGUGCAGCACACUCUCCCUGUUGCUGAAGCUACUAAGUUGAAUGAAAUGUGACAUGUCUAAUGACACGAAGGUUUGAAAUUUUGCUCUUGCUGCCAUCUUGUGGGUGAAGUGUUCACAUUGACCACAGCUGGAUGUCAGACAGAGGAGCAAAAAGAGUAGAAUCAUUGAGCUGGAAUCAUUAUACAGUGGAGAUCAAAAUAAGAGAACAACCUAUAAUUUGCUAAAUUUUAAUGUCACUGCUUUUAUAUAUUUGAAGUUAUGCUAACAUGAAUAUAAGGGCAGAUUUUUUUUAUAAAAAUAGCAUAAUAUAAAAACCUUAUGGAGAAAUUUUCAGAACAGCUCUGAUCAAAAUUAGAGAACACUUUCAGAUACCUCCCAGUUAUUGGUGUUAAUCUGGCACCUGGUGACAAUUUACUUAAUUGUUGGACACGCCCUAUUUAUCUGGCAGCUCUCCUGCUUACUUUGCAAGAUGGCAGGCCGCUCUAAGGUGGCUGAAACCCUGCCACGGCAGGUUGUCCAGAUGAAGGCCAAAGGGAUGACCUUCUUAGCAACUGCAAGAGAGGUUGGGCGUUCCAAGUCUGUGAUUUCAACAACAUUGAAACCUUACAAGAUUCACAGAUUCAUUUAAGGAAAACAAGUGCAUGAGAGGACAGGAUUAUGCGAAGACUCUCAAUGGGGAAUCGGUUCAACACUGCAGCUGGAAUUGCUCGCCAGUUUAGUGCUGAACAGGGCAAAGAUCUGUCUGUCUGGGGACAGACUGAACCCAAAGUGUGUAAAGAAGUCAGUCAGAUUUGGAGGAGGAAGUGUCAUGGUUUGGGGGAUGUUUUCUGCAGCAGGAGUUGGGCCUCGUGUGCAGCUACAUGGCAGGUGAAUGCAGAUAUUCAUGUGAACCUCCUUUGGCAACAUGCAAUUCCUUCACUGAAUUGUCUCCCAAUCAGCCUGUCAUUUUCAUGCAAGACAAUGCCCCUUGUCACACUGCAAAACGGGUUAAGCAGUUCCUUGAAGCUAAGAAUAGUAAAACAACGAAAUGGCCAGCCCAGAGUCCAGAUCUAAACCCCAUAAUCUCCAGAAAAUCCAUGGCGACAAAGUAAUGGCUAAGAAACCCACUACAGUUACCGAACUGUGGAAGAGACUGCAAGAAGAAUGGACCAAGAUCAAUCCAGAGCAGUGUGAGAAACUAGUUCUGUGGGCGCAGAUGUGCUGAAGUUGUUCAAAGCAAAGGCCUCUACACUUCCUAUUAGUUUUUGAAUCCUAUUGCCCUAAAAAAAACAUCAUUUAAAUCUCUUCUGACACAAUGGUUACUGUUCUCUAAUUUUACUCACCCCCCCCCAAAAAAAAAAUAAAGAGCUGGUAUUCUAUCAAAUGCUGAACAAUGAAAAUAAAAAUAUUCCAGAAUAAAUCAAUUAAUAAUUUGUUCUCUAAUUUUGAUCUCCACUGUUCAUUAUGUAUUGUUUCCAGAUUUGUAUGAGUGUUGAAUUAACCAGUGAAGAAUAAAUCUCUGGCUCAGAAAUGGAUUUCUCCAGUUAUACAGGACACUGUUGGUAAGCUCUCCAAAGCUCUCAAAUGUCUAAGUUGUGUAGAAAAGUGUAGAAAAUAGUAGAAUUCUACUUUGUGUCGAGUCUUUUGAUAUUUUUCAUAGUGAGUUUCUCUCAUUGAUUCAGCAUGUUUCCCUGGUAGGAGUUCAGUGUAUUUACUGGCACACUUUUAUUGAAAUGUUGGUUAAUGUUAUAAUGACAACAAACAGUAAUUAGAAAAUGAUUGUAUUCUCUGACAUUUUUCUAUGCACUUCAACCAAAAAUAAAUCAAGAUCCUUUGUCAUAAUAUG